UUGGUGACACUCUUCAGAGUCCCCACUGCGACUUCAGCUGUUUGGGACAACAUCGUCUGGACAGACACUUGAAGAGACGACACGGCCAAAGCGUGAACGGCAGAUACAAGUGCAAGUGGUGUUCUUACGUCACCGACCACUCCGGCAGCAUGACGCGGCACCGAAGGACUCACGCGAAAGAACGGCCGCACCGCUGUGAAGUGUGCGGCAAAACGUUUUCUCAACAAGUCGGUCUGACCGCUCACCGUCGUGUGCACACCGGUCAGAGUCCGUACAUGUGUGAUAUCUGUGGGAAGGCGUUCACACGGCCCGGUGCCCUGACGAUGCACGGACGCGUGCACGCUGGCGAGAAGGUCCGGCAGUGUGAUCAGUCUGGUGCCGCGUGUUUAGCUACAACUAACGGCAAAGAACACAAGACACCCGGUGUCCGUGUGAAGCCGCAUCAGUGUCAUGAAUGUCGAGCCAGAUUUGUUACACGCGCACAUCUCACUGUACACAUACGAACUCAUACCGGGGAGAAGCCGUACAGCUGCUCCAUUUGCCCGGCACGGUUCGCUGAGCGGUCAAGGCUCACCACCCACAUGAGGACCCACACAGGGGAGAAGCCGUUUAGCUGCUCCGUUUGCCCGGCACGGUUUGCUUAUCGGUCAGCCCUCAUUAAUCACACGCGUAUCCAUACAGGGGAGAAGCCGUAUGGCUGCUCUAUUUGCCAGGCACGAUUCACUGAGCGGCGGCAUCUCACCGUACACAUGCGAACCCAUACAGGAGAGAAGCCGUUUGGCUGCUCUAUUUGCCCGGCACAAUUUGCUCAGCAGUCAGGCCUCAUCAAUCACAUGCGGACCCACACAGGGGAGAAGCCGUAUGGCUGCUCUAUUUGCCAGGCACGGUUCGCUCAGCGGUCAAGCCUCACUGUACACAUGCGAACCCACACAGGAGAGAAGCCGUUUGGCUGCGCCACUUGCCAGGCACGAUUUGCUCAUCGGUCUGCCCUCAUCAAUCACAUGCGUAUCCAUAGUCCAUACAGAAGAGAAGUCGUAUGACUGCUCUAACUAUUUGCCCAGCACGGUUCACUAAUCGGUCAAGCCUCACUGCACACAUGCGUACGCACGCACGCGGGGAGCGCCCGCACAGCAGUCCCUCAUCUACCCGGCGCGUUUUUCUGUUGGGUCAGAUGUCACCAAACAAAUGACACCACACAGAAUAGCGACCCUACUGCUGCUCCAUCAAACAGACGCGGUUUGCUUUUCGGUAAGGUCUCAAGGGAAACAUACGAACCCACACAUGAGAGCGGCCGUACGGCUGCUCCAUCUGCACCGUACGAUUUUCGGUUUCAUCACAACUCAAAAGUCAGCUGCUGAUUCACACGGGGAAACGACCUAAUGGUCGUGUAUACUAAAUGAAAAUCAUCCUUAACCCGCGUCCCGCUGGCGGUCCUGUAUUUCCAGGUUCUGCUGGGGGCCCUAUAACUCGGCCUCUGGGCCAUGUAUCGGCACGCCGUAGGCGGUGUUCCAAAGAGCGUCCAAAUAAUGAGAAAAAUACUCUUGUCACUUUUUAUAUCAGAUAAAAGGUAAGGUCGCUAAAGGUCAACAAAGGUGAAAUUUGUCACUUUCUAGGUCAAACUUCGAUAAUUUUCGACAAAUGGGCAGUGUGAGCAGUCUGGAACCGCGUGUUCAGCUACAUCUAACGACAAAGAACACAGGGCACCUCGUAUUCUUGUGAAGCCCCACCACUUUCCUGGGUGUUUACUGUUUGGCAUGUUUUG